GUAAACAGACUAAAAGUUGCCUUGGAGACCUGCAGCAUAUGUUUAAGCUCAGACAGAGAGAGGCCAGGCUGUCCUAUUUUCUUGUUCAGUUGGCUACCAGCUCUCCACUUUGGGUCAGCUUCAUGGUUAUUGUCUUGGAAUCUUUUUAUUCAAAAUAAGGGCAAUAUAUACAAUGGAGGAUCAGGAGGUUGAAUUUGAGCAAGCUUAUGGGUCUGUAUCAGAGACAGAGGGAAAAUAUGAACCCUUAUUUAUUGAUGACGAAGAAGAAGACUACUUUGAAGAUUGUUUGGAAGAGAUCGAGGCUGCCCUAACACUGCCUGGAGAGUCCUUGCCUUACAGAGAAGCUUUACAAGCUGAGUUUAAUGGACUUCUGCACCAGAUGGUGGCACAGUUCGAUAUUUUUGAGGCAACACAUCCAAACACAUCUACACCGCUGCCUUUAUUUUCAGAAACAGAGAAAAAGAACACAGAUGGACUCACAAAAACAAUCACAUUUGGAGAAACAUGCAUCCCAGAGAAAGAGAAAACUGUGUUGUUGGCUAAAGACGAAGCUCUUCCACUUGAGGCAUGGCCUGAGUUGUGUACUACCAUGGAAAUAAAAAAGCUGAGAACAGCAUUUGAGAGCUGUAUUGGGGAGGUGGGCAAGUUGGAGCGAAGAAGGGAUGAGUUGGUUCGGGAGCUUUUAAAGCUUGAGGAGCCCAUGGCCCAGGAGCUGCAGACUGUGAGGGAAGCUUUGGGAAAGGAACAAGGCCUCCUGUCCAAAGUGAGACUACAGAAACAGAGCCUGCAAGAGGAGACUCAAAGGACAAAGCGGCGCCUUUUCAUAGUGGCACGAGACUGUACACAAAAACAAGUAGAGCUUGAAUUGCAACAGAAAGAGGUGGAGCAGCUUAACCAAGCUCAGGAAGAGCUGAACGCUUUUGCUGUUAAGCUGACCGAGGAGCUCACCAAGCUUCAUGCAGAUCACAAAAGUGACUUGCAGGCCCUGCAAAAGCAGCAGAACAACAUCACUCAAGAGUCAAGCAAGGAGAAGACCCGCUCUUAUGUGACACAAGGACGAAGGGCCUCUUGUGACCUACAGCAAUACCUGCAAGGAGGCAUAAAAGCUCUGGAGGAGUUUUAUGAGCCCCGUUUAGUGUCCCUGCUGAAGAGACGGGAGGCCACCGUGAAUGCCCUCAGUAAAGCCAAAGAGCAGUGCCAGGAACUGAAGGCCCAACUUGUUCCACUGAGAGAAGAAGAACAGCUGCUGAGACUUCACAGGACUCGUCUAGAGGAGAGGAUCCGACUAAUGGAGGAGCAGAGGAUGGAAAAUGUGGAACAAUAUCGGAAGACAGCUGACCUCCUUGAGGAGAACAGCCGAAAACUGAAAACUGAGCUUCAGAUCCAGAUGAAGAAGACAGGUGAAUUGGAAGUGCUGAGAAAUAGCAUGGCCAAAGAGCUGCUUCUCUACAGAGAGAGCGUAAAGGGCCUCUGCAAGCAAGAGAACACUCUGGUAGAAAAAACCUAACUAUCAAAUAUUUUCUUUUGAUCAAUUGUUUUCAUAGAUAAAUUCAAGCUGCCUCUCUUUCAUAUCAUUUAUAAUCAUUAAUCACAAUGUAUCAGACUAUAGACACGCAUGUUGAUAUAUUCCACAAACCUCCAGGCAGAUUAUUAGAAAUGAGAACAGACUGCACUACAGCACUCGGACCAAACAUGCCAGUAACUGAGGGCUGUUUGUGUCCUGAUCUUUAUCUGACAAGUCACACAGCGCUGAAUGUUCUUUAUUGUUGUAAGAGUUGUCCAUCAGCCAAUGGAAAAGAAAUAAAGCUUUUAUAUC